UAGAGUACUGUUCUUUAUUCUUUACACCUAAAGUCUCACAAUUUACUUCCUCGAUCUUACUUUUCCACCAUUUUCCACACAUCAACUCCAUACUCUUCCUUUUUCUUCAUAGCGUAUUUGCAUGGCAACUAACUCUAUGUCCUCAAGUGGAUCGGGUUCAUGGACAGCCAAGCAAAACAAGGACUUUGAAGUGGCUCUUUCUGUGUUUGACAAAAAUACCCCUGACCGUUGGCACAAUGUUGCCAAAGCUGUUGGUGGGAAGACUGCAGAAGAAGUGAAGAGGCAUUAUGAAAUCCUUGUUGAGGAUGUGAAGCACAUCGAGAGUGGUCAAAUUCCUUUUCCAAAUUAUAGGACCACUAGGGGGCAUAACUAAGGAAGACAAACGUAAAGCUAAGCAUCAAUAAACAGGAGAACGAUCUUCGUCUUCCGACUACCAUGCAAUACUAUUACAUUAUUGUAAUUCUGGAAUCAAUAAUAAAAUUGAUUCCUUGAUGUAAGUUGAUUUCUGUUACAUCCUAGCAGAAAAUCUCUAUCGUUUAUAGUUUUCCUGAGGUGAAAAUACCAGUAUAUAUCGUCUGAAAUCACAGGCGAAGAUCUGGUUUAUGCUUCUUUUUUCCA